AUGACAACGAAGGUAAUAUCCAGAACUUCGGUCUAUGGUAUUGAAAAAACCUGCGGCUCUAACCGUCGCAGGAUCGCCUCGGUUGCACUGGACAGGACAGACUGUCUUUAGAAACCCAGAGGUUUACUGGGGGACCAACAGUUCUAUGUUCCAUGUGCAACAUACCCUGUACAAACGCUGUUAUACGAAAUUAAUGCUACGUUGUUGGCUCAUUUAGACAGAAUCGAGUUUUAGUCAUGCAUCUUCGCGUUUUAUGCAACAAUUAUUUUCAAGAAGAAAUAGAGAGAUUUUCGCUCACAAACGUGAGUUGCAAUAAGUCUGUUAAUGGGCUAGACGUACGAGCACUUUUUGCGGCAAAAGAAGUAGCGAAAGAGAUUUACUUGGCGCGUGCUAACUGUCCUUGCAUGUACAGUAGCCCUAAAGGCCUUAGUUGCGGAAAUCUAAUAAUAGAGCCUGUGUCAUGCCAUGCACACAUUCACUUCAUAUAUUUAAGCAUGGUUUCAAUUUAGUCACUUCGCGGCUGAACUCACAGACGUAGUGAAGGGAAAAAAUCAUUUGCGAGAAUUUCUCCAAUGUAAACAAGUCCUGUCCUGCAAAGAUACUUUCCCGCACUUCCAUGCGCAUCGCAAAACACCUUUGAAAACCUGUCUCAUUCUACUCCUCCUAUUUGUUUACUUUGACCUCCACCUCUACCAAAUCCCCGAGAAGAUGACUCCUGUUGUCUGCCUCCGUCGUCCAACAACGAGGACAGCUGACUCAUGUCGAGCCACCUAUCUGCUGUCUAGUGAAACAAUCUCUCCGCCCCCACGUCUUGUUUAGGUCGCCAUCAGCAGACGCAAAACUCAUGAUUCCAACUGGAUUAACUCUCUGAGUGGCUCCGUCUUCUGCACAACGCCCAUAUUCCUUUAUUUUACUAUAUUUUUCAUCUCUUUUUGGAAAUAUGCGUGUACAAAAUUAUCUGGAGGUUUUAACUUUGUCGCAAACUCGGGAAAGCAUCCCAAGGACUUCGAAAUUCCUGUUGUUUGUUCUCCAUGUUUUUUAAUCAUAUCUUUUUGUUCCGUUCCCCGUAUAGUGUUUGUCCUCGUCGCGUUCAAGCUCUUUCGUAUCUUAGUCCAUUCAGAAGAUGAUAUUUAUUCCGUAAAUGGUGAACUUCGCAGUUUCCAACAGUUUUCGUUAGGCAUUUAUAAAAACUUCAGCCGCAGCCUUGGAUUUGUUAACAGAAGUGUGUUGGUCAGGUUAAUUUAUAAAAUUGCUGUGCAUCGCGUCUGCCACAUUAGCUCUUGUUUUUAUAUUGCUUGCAGCAAACAAGUAAAAUAAAUUUGUUGGUGCCGUUUGAUUCUUUGCAGAUCGCUGAAUAGCCGCGACUGUAAAGAAAGUUGAAGAAAUAAACAUUUAAUGGUGACCUCCCAAUUCAAAUUUAUUCGUUUUCAGGUGUGGCCUUAAUUGGUUAAGAAUAUAUAUAUAUAUAUACUGAAGGACAUCUCGCGUUUUAUUUCAAACGCCACAUAACGGUUUCUCAAACCUAAAUGAUUUGAACACAACCCCACUGGACACAAGCCCAAAACCGCUUUGAAUUUUCACUUUAUAAAUGUGCAUUUUUAAGGACGCAUAUACGUCGUAUUGCUGUUUACCUAAUUACAUAAAUGCAUUGAGUAAUAUCAGACAUUUGUGCGCUGAAACUCUACCUAUUGGUGAAAGUGCAUAGGCGAAAACUACAAAAAUACUCUGAGCAUCGUUAUUUGUGAGCGGCUGUCAGCACACUUCUCAAGACAGUCAUCACUGCGUUGACCUGCCUGCAACUUUUGGGGACCACGUGUUAGUCUAAUACUGAACUGUUCACCUUAAGGGAUUUUCCAUGCACAGUCAAUAGAAAACAAUAGUUACCUUCAAUCCUUGCAUCACUCGUUUUCCCGUCCAAUAAGAAACCUGCAGAAAGCGUUGUGAAACUCAAAUCACAACUUCGCCCAGUAAGCAACGCCGCCGCACAACCGCUUCCAACGUGUCCUCGAUGUCAACGGACAUUCCGGGCUCGAAUCGGACUUGUUGGACAUCUUCGGAUUAACUGCGCCUCUCGAACGGCACCAACCAUCGUCCCCCCGCCUGCCUCUUCCUCCUCCUCUCCGCCGCAAACUAACCCUGACAAUUCUCCUGACCCACCACUUCCAUCAUUCUCCUCCUCCUCCUCCUCCUCCUCCUCGCCCACUGCUCCAACGGCGGCCGCUCAGGCGACUGUCCCACGCACAGCAACCGACACUACCACCACCUUCCCCGACUCCAGCGAUGAGGAUCAGGACUACACCUGCCCUCACUGCGACCGUACUUUCACCUCACACAUCGGCCUGGUCGGUCACUUGCGAAUCCAUCGCACAGAGCCUGGCGAACCAGUGCCUGGAGCACCCACCUAUACCCAUCAAGCUCGCCUCCACUGCCCACACUGCCCUCGCACCUUCACGCAUCGCAUGGGCCUUUUCGGCCACAUGCGCAUCCACGAGAGCGGCCUUGACCGCACUCCCGACACACCCACUACAUCCAACACAUCCACUGUGCACACCCCCACUCUCGUUCCAUCCGUCCGCGACACCACCACCACCGCCUCCUCUGUAGCUGACACUGACACCGCCGACUUCUCAUGCCCACACUGUCCACGCACAUUCACCUCACGCAUCGGCCUGGUCGGUCACUUGCGAAUCCAUCGCACAGAGACUGGCGAACCAGUGCCUGGAGCACCCACCUAUACCCAUCAAGCUCGUCUCAACUGCCCACACUGUCCUCGCACUUUCAGGCAUCGCAUGAGCCUAUUCGGCCACAUGUGCAUCCACGACGACCUGCGGUAG